AUGUCCCUGUACGAUGACCUGGGAGUGGAGACCAGCGACUCAAAAACAGAAGGCUGGUCCAAAAACUUCAAACUCCUGCAGUCUCAGCUCCAGGUGAAGAAGGCAGCUCUCAAUCAGGCCAAGAGCCAGAGGACAAAACAAAGUACAGUCCUUGCUCCAGUAAUCAACCUAAAGCGAGGCGGCUCUUCAGAUGAGCGGCAGAUCGUGGACACUCUGCCGCACGUGGCCGCAGGCCUCAAGGACCCUGUUCCCAGCGGGUUUUCUGCAGGAGAAGUUUUGAUCCCCUUAGCUGAUGAAUAUGAUCCCAUGUUUCCUAACGAUUAUGAGAAAGUAGUGAAGCGCCAAAGAGAGGAGCGACAGAGGCAGCGGGAGCUGGAAAGACAGAAGGAAAUAGAAGAGAGAGAAAAGAGGCGUAAAGACAGACAUGAAGCUAGUGGGUUUUCCAGGCGACCCGAUCCAGAUUCUGAUGAAGAUGAAGAUUAUGAGCGAGAGAGGAGGAAAAGAAGUAUGGGCGGAGCUGCCAUUGCACCUCCCACGUCUCUUGUGGAGAAGGACAAAGAGUUACCCCGAGACUUCCCUUAUGAAGAGGAUUCACGACCUCGCUCACAGUCUUCCAAAGCUGCUAUCCCUCCCCCAGUGUACGAGGAACAAGACAGACCCCGAUCCCCGACCGGCCCUGGCAACUCCUUCCUCGCCAACAUGGGGGGCACGGUAGCACAUAAAAUCAUGCAGAAGUACGGCUUCCGGGAAGGCCAGGGUCUCGGGAAGCAUGAGCGGGGCCUGAGCACAGCGCUGUCGGUGGAGAAGACCAGCAAGCGGGGCGGCAAGAUCAUCAUGGGCGACGCCACCGAGAAAGACGCAGCCAAGAAGUCGGAUUCGAAUCCAUUAACUGAAAUACUUAAGUGUCCUACCAAAGUGGUCCUACUCAGGAACAUGGUUGGUGCAGGAGAGGUGGAUGAAGACUUGGAAGUAGAAACCAAGGAAGAGUGUGAAAAAUAUGGCAAAGUUGGAAAAUGUGUGAUAUUUGAAAUUCCUGGUGCCCCUGAUGAUGAAGCAGUACGAAUAUUUUUAGAAUUCGAGAGGGUUGAGUCAGCAAUUAAAGCUGUUGUUGAUCUGAACGGGAGGUAUUUUGGUGGACGGGUGGUCAAAGCAUGUUUCUACAAUUUGGAUAAAUUCAGGGUCCUGGAUUUGGCAGAACAAGUUUGAUUUUAAAAACUAGAGCCUGAGUCAUCUCCAGCGAUCCUUUGGCAAGCUGCAGAGUGAGCAGAGGAGAACAAGGCAUCAGGGGGGCCUUUCCUGGCUGUGGGUGCAGAGACUCUGUGAGGACUUCUAAGAUAUGUUGACUGAUCCCUUUUUUAUUUUGUGGUUUUUUUAAUAUAGUAUAAAAAUCCUUUUAAAAAAACAAACCAAAAAAAAAAAAAAAAAAACUGGAAUGAUGGAGGCAACUAGUGAAUAGUGGAAUUUUUGACAUUUCAAACAUUAGCAGAGAUUUAGAGAGACUGAGAAGAGCGUCUUCCUUCUCCCAGUCAGUGCAUGAUCACCUAUCUCAGCUUUUGAAAGAGUUUGAGCAUUACUUCCCAGCCAAAAAAAGAUUCCCGAACUGUGAAGGGAUGGAUCCAUGACCCACUUACAAGUAAGCCAGGUCAAUCAACACUGUCCAUGCUAGAAGAGGAUCAACUGCCUGCAAUCGCAAAUGAUGGUGGCCUUAAAAGUAUGUUUCUGACAACUUCAAAUCUCCUUAUGUUCUGGAUUAAAGUCAAGGGAAAAUAUUCUGAGAUUGCCACAAAAGCAAAGAAAAGCCUGCUUCCAUUUCCAACAUCCUCUUUGUGAAGCAAGUUUUCUGUAGUGACAGCAACCAAAACAAGAUUACAGAGUAGACUGGACAUAAGCAUCACACUUCAGGUGUCAAUGACUCUGAACACCCCCAGAUGGGACUGCCUAGUUGCAGGAAAACAAGCUCAGGGCUCCCACGAAUUCUACAUUAUGCUGAGAUGUUUAACUAUUUCAUUAUAUAUCACAAUGUAAUAAUAACAGUAAUAAGGUGCACAAUAAAUCUAAUGCUCUUGAAUCAUCCCAAAACCAUCCCUCCCCACCCAACUCCAUG